AUGACUGCCUCCAACGGAAACGGCCGUGCCGCCCCUCGCCGGCCUCUCCCCGUCGGCAUCUACGCCCCCACCAUGACCUUCUUCGACCCCGAGACCGAAGAUAUCGAUGUCCCUACCAUCAAGAAGCACGCUGAGCGCCUGGCCAAGGCCGGUCUUGCCGGUCUGGUCGUCAUGGGCUCCAACGGCGAGGCUGUCCACUGCACACGCGAGGAGAAGAUUGCCGUCACCAAGGCCACUCGUGAGGCCCUUGAUGCCGCUGGUUUCGAGAGCACCCCCGUCAUGAUUGGCGCCACUGAGAGCAGUGUCCGUGGCACCAUUGAGCUUUCCAAGGCCGCCUACGCCGCCGGCGCGGACUACUCCCUCAUUCUCCCCCCUUCCUACUACCGCGCCCAGGUUGACGAGGCCACCAUCUACGACUACUUCGUCGCCGUCGCUGACGAGAGCCCUAUCCCCCUCGUCCUCUACAACUACCCCGGCGCCGUCUCCGGCAUCGACAUGGACAGCGACCUGCUCAUCAAGCUCGCCCAGCACCCCAACAUUAUCGGUACCAAGUUCACCUGCGGCAACACUGGCAAGCUGACCCGUGUGGCCCUUGCCACUGACGCCAAGACCCCCUGGUCUGAGGGCUCCGGCUACAUGGCCUUCGGCGGCAUGUGCGACUUCACUGCCCAGACCCUGGCCAGCGGUGGUAGCGGUAUCAUCGCCGGUGGCGCCAACGUCAUGCCCAAGGUCUGCGUCAAGGUCUGGGACCUCUACGCUGCUGGCAAGCGCGACGAGGCCAUCGAGCUUCAGAAGAAGCUCUCCCGCGGUGACUGGUUCCUGACCAAGGCCGCCAUCGCCGGUACCAAGGGUGCCAUCCAGAGCUACUUCGGCUACGGAGGAUACCCCAGACGCCCUCUGAGACGUCUUGAGCAGGCCAGGACCACCUCCAUUGAGGAGGGUAUCCGUGAGGUCAUGGAGAUUGAGAAGUCGCUCUAA